GCCCCACUCAAAAUGGAGCCAAGCGCCUGCCUCGCCUAAGAUGGCGGCCUCGCGGCCUCCCAGCCUCCCGGUUCCCGGUCCUCGGCGUCCAUUGGGUACCUGGGGAGUCGAGAUGUUCCAAAAGAGGCCGAGCCCCGCCCCCCUUUCUCAAGGUGACGCUCCGCCCCCUGUGGCAUCACGCGGGAGCCGGGGCCCGCCCUCCCCCGUCUCUGCUGCGGUCGUUUCGCGAGUCCCGCCCUCAUAAGAUGGCGGUGGGGUCGCCUCCUCGCGGCCGCGCCGCCACUCUCAACAUGGUAGCUGUUUACCCCGUAUUUCUCCUCCCCUCUCCGCCUCAACUUCCUCGUUGUUUUGAAUAAACUUUAUUGACCACUUCGAAUUUCCUUCCACCGCCACCCGGCUUCUCCCGGCGACUUUUCGGGCUGUUUUUCUCCAACCGGGCCGCCGGUUCAUCUCCUUCCUCGUUGGUUUGCUCGCGGCGAUCUCCUGCCGGCCAAGCGACGCCGCCGCUUGCCCGUUCAUCAGGCGGCCGCCGACUAGGCCCGAGCCGCGGGCUCCAGUAGGCCCUAACGGCCGGGCCCGGGGCAGAGCUGUGGAGAAAGCUGCCCUGAAGCACCAUCAGGGCCGCGCGACCCAGCGGGUGGUUUGAGGGUAAGGCGAGCGAGGUUCGCCGCGUUGCCGUGACCAUCCCAGAAUUCGGCGCGCGCCGCCUGUGAGGCCGGAACUGCCGGCCGAACCUCCGCUGAGCGAGGCGCUGAGCGGCUCCGGAGCGAGCCCUGCCGCCGGCGCUUCGGUGGAACUGAGCUCUGAGGGUGAGGAGUCCCAGCGGCUUUGCGGAUGAGGAGGUCCCUGUAGGGUUCGGGACCGAAGACGUUCCUGUCAGGUUUGGGGCGUGAGGAGGUUCCUGUCAGUUUGGGAGGCGUGAGGAGAUUCUCCCUUCGUCCAGAGAGGACGCGUGCUGCUGCCUCCCGCUCCUUUUGACGCUAAGAACCUGGCCCGCCGCAGAACGCUCCAAGGCCCUGCGAAGAUGGCCUCGGUACCGGUGUAUUGCCUCUGUCGGCUGCCUUACGAUGUGACCCGCUUCAUGAUCGAGUGUGACAUGUGCCAGGACUGGUUUCAUGGCAGUUGUGUUGGUGUUGAAGAGGAUAAGGCUGCUGACAUUGACCUCUACCACUGCCCCAACUGUGAGGUCUUACAUGGGCCCUCAAUUAUGAAAAAACGCCGUGUAUCUUCAAAAGGCCAUGAUACACACAAGGGGAAGCCAGUGAAGACAGGAAGCCCUACAUUCAUUCGAGAGCUUCGGAGUAGGACCUUUGACAGCUCAGAUGAAGUGAUUCUGAAGCCUACUGGAAGUCAGCUGACUGUGGAAUUCCUGGAAGAGAAUAGCUUCAGUGUGCCCAUCCUGGUCUUGAAGAAGGAUGGAUUGGGGAUGACGCUGCCCUCACCAUCAUUCACUGUGAGGGAUGUGGAACACUAUGUUGGUUCUGACAAAGAGAUUGAUGUGAUUGAUGUGACUCGCCAGGCUGACUGCAAGAUGAAGCUUGGUGAUUUUGUGAAAUAUUAUUAUAGUGGGAAGAGAGAGAAAGUUCUCAAUGUCAUUAGUUUGGAAUUCUCUGAUACCAGGCUUUCUAACCUUGUGGAGACACCCAAGAUUGUUCGGAAGCUCUCAUGGGUGGAGAACUUGUGGCCAGAGGAGUGUAUCUUUGAGAGGCCCAAUGUGCAGAAGUACUGCCUUAUGAGCGUGCGGGAUAGUUAUACAGACUUUCAUAUUGACUUUGGUGGCACCUCGGUCUGGUACCAUGUGCUCAAGGGUGAGAAGAUCUUCUACCUGAUCCGCCCAACAAAUGCCAACCUGACUCUCUUUGAGUGCUGGAGCAGCUCCUCUAACCAGAAUGAGAUGUUCUUUGGAGACCAGGUGGACAAGUGCUACAAGUGUUCUGUGAAGCAAGGACAGACACUUUUCAUUCCUACAGGAUGGAUCCAUGCUGUGCUGACUCCCGUGGACUGCCUUGCCUUUGGAGGAAACUUCUUACACAGCCUUAACAUUGAAAUGCAGCUCAAAGCCUAUGAGAUUGAGAAGCGGUUGAGCACAGCAGACCUCUUCAAGUUCCCCAACUUUGAGACCAUCUGUUGGUAUGUGGGAAAGCACAUCCUGGACAUCUUUCGAGGUUUGCGGGAAAACAGGAGACACCCUGCCUCCUACCUGGUCCAUGGUGGUAAAGCCCUGAACUUGGCCUUUAGAGCCUGGACAAGGAAAGAAGCUCUGCCAGACCACGAGGAUGAGAUCCCGGAGACAGUGCGGACCGUACAGCUCAUUAAAGAUCUGGCUAGGGAGAUCCGCCUGGUAGAAGAUAUCUUCCAACAGAACGUUGGGAAGACGAGCAAUAUCUUUGGGCUGCAGAGGAUCUUCCCAGCUGGCUCCAUUCCCUUAACCAGGCCAGCCCAUUCCACUUCAGUAUCCAUGUCCAGGCUGUCACUGCCCUCCAAAAGUGGUUCAAAGAAGAAAGGCCUGAAGCCCAAGGAAUUCUUCAAGAAGGCAGAGCGAAAGGGCAAGGAGAGCUCAGCCUUCGGGCCUGCUGGCCAAUUGAGCUAUAAUCUCAUGGACACAUACAAUCAUCAGGCACUGAAGACAGGCUCUUCCCAGAAAGCAAAGUUCAACAUCACUGGUACCUGCUUGAAUGACUCAGAUGAUGACUCGCCAGACUUGGAUGUUGAUGGAAGUGAAGGCCCACUGGCCCUAUUGAUGCCUAAUGGCAGUACCAAGAGGGUAAAGAGCUUAUCCAAGUCUCGGCGAGCCAAGAUCUCGAAGAAGGCAGACAAGGCUAGGCUUGUGGCAGAACAGGUGAUGGAGGAUGAAUUUGACUUGGAUUCAGAUGAUGAACUGCAGAUUGAUGAGAGACUGGGAAAGGAGAAGGCGACCCUGAUAAUAAGACCAAAGUUUCCCCGAAAGUUGCCCCGUGCGAAGCCUUGCUCUGACCCCAACCGAGUCCGUGAACCAGGAGAAGUUGAGUUUGACAUUGAGGAGGACUAUACAACAGAUGAGGACAUGGUAGAAGGGGUCGAAGGCAAGCUUGGAAAUGGGAGUGGAGCCGGUGGAAUUCUUGAUCUGCUCAAGGCCAGCAGGCAGGUGGGGGGACCUGACUAUGCUGCCCUCACUGAGGCCCCUGCCUCUCCCAGCACUCAGGAGGCCAUCCAGGGCAUGCUGUGCAUGGCCAACCUGCAGUCUUCAUCGUCCUCACCAGCUACCUCCAGUCUGCAGGCCUGGUGGACCGGGGGCCAGGACCGAAGCAGUGGGAGCUCCAGCAGUGGGCUGGGCACAGUGUCUAGCAGUCCUGCUUCCCAGCGCACCCCAGGGAAGCGGCCCAUCAAGCGGCCAGCAUACUGGAGAACUGAGAGCGAGGAGGAGGAGGAGAACGCCAGUCUCGAUGAACAGGACAGCUUGGGAGCAUGCUUCAAGGAUGCAGAGUAUAUUUACCCUUCUUUGGAAUCUGAUGAUGAUGACCCAGCUUUGAAAUCUCGACCUAAGAAAAAGAAGAAUUCAGAUGAUGCUCCAUGGAGUCCUAAAGCCCGUGUGACCCCAACUCUACCGAAGCAGGAUCGUCCUGUGCGUGAGGGAACCCGGGUAGCUUCCAUUGAGACAGGCUUGGCUGCAGCAGCUGCAAAGUUGGCCCAGCAGGAGCUACAGAAGGCCCAAAAGAAGAAAUAUAUCAAGAAGAAGCCUUUGUUGAAGGAGGUAGAACAACCUCGCCCUCAAGAGCCCAAUCUCAGCGUGGCAGUACCAGUCCCAACUCUGGCCACUACACCCCAACUUCUCACCUCCUCCUCGCCCCUGCCUCCCCCUGAGCCUAAACAAGAGGCCCUCUCAGGAAGUCUUGCUGACCACGAGUAUACUGCUCGUCCCAAUGCCUUUGGCAUGGCCCAGGCAAACCGCAGCACCACACCCAUGGCCCCUGGUGUCUUCUUGACCCAGCGGCGCCCUUCAGUUGGCUCCCAGAGCAAUCAAGCAGGACAAGGAAAGCGUCCCAAAAAGGGCCUGGCUACAGCAAAGCAGAGACUCGGCCGUAUCCUGAAAAUCCACAGAAAUGGCAAACUGCUUCUGUGAGCCCCUUUGUGUCCUGCCCCUCACCCCUUCACCCCUUCUCCGUUGUCAACUCUCGGGGCACUCCUGGAUCCUACCUGCCCCGGACAAGGUGCUGAGGCGCAUUGUCCUGCUUUCUUGGAACUGACCAAAGGCACGGACUCUCCCAUGAGCCCCUUCACCUACUCCCUCAACUCCCUUCCCCACUUCCACUAGACCAUCCUGCCUUCCUUUUCCAUAUCUCUGAGGUAGCAGGUAAAUGGGAGAGGUUUCCAGCUGACUAGAACCCUCUUUUCUGCUGCUCCAAUCCAUUUCCCUUUCACCAACUUUGUCUGCCCUUUAUUGUCAUCCCCACUUAAAGCUGGAAAGCAGAACAAGAACAGGCAUGAGGAGAGGCUGGGCCCGUCGGUAUUUCCCUGGUCAUAAAGUGGGAAGCCCAACGCCCAACACUUUCUGCGGCUCCAGCCCUGUCUCCAGAAGCCUGCCUGCCUCUGCCCAUUCUCCUUCCUCCUCUUAGGCCAGUGUAUGUGUCCCACUCAAGACUCGUUCCUGGGAGACGGCUCUGGCCUCUGCCCCCUCUUGCCAAAUACUUCAUGGAAAUAAAGAGGAGGGCGCAGAGUCUUCUUACUGCCCCACCGUGGGCCAUUUCCAAAGUGGCCUAGAAAGGCCAUGGGCUGAUUUCAUUCAUCCUUGGUAAGAAGAGAGAUUCCUGUCACUUCUCAAGAUGGGGAGAGGACCAACAUCCAAGACUUUGACCGAGACUUUGUAGCCCAUUGGAGAAAGCUACUUUUGGGUGGCUACAGACGAAGGCACCUCUCCCAGGGUGAGCUCCAGGAAUUUGCCUAGAAUUUGAGGUCCUGCAGAACAUUAUCCACAUAGCUUUGGCUGGGCCCCACGAGGCAAAAACCAUCUCCCCAAAGCCUGAAAGCAUCUGCCACUGAAACAGAUAGCCCUUGCUCUACAGCCUGAUCCCUUCACCUGUACCACAGAGCACAGUCUGGACCUUCUGGAGAGGAUGUGGCAGGACAGCUUACCCUGGGUUCUCCAUCAGGAGCCUCCCUGCUUCUCUCCCCACCUGAGGUCUUGGUCUGAAGAAGACCUCAGAACUCACACCUUCACUCCUGGGCCUUUGCAUUCCCAGAUGCCAGGUGGAUGCUAAAGCGGAGUGCUGACAGGCCACUUGGGAGCCCGAGCCUAGGAAUGGAGAUGCCCAUCUGUAAAGGAGCAGAUCAUCUGAACUUCCCACCCCUUCUUCCCUUUGUGAAUGUUUCUAUUAUCCAGACAGUGCCCACGCCCUCCCUCCCCCUCCCCCAGCUCCCUCCACCUCCGCCUGUCUUACCUCCCUGGUGACCUGGACUGGAUGGAAAAUGUCUCCCUCUCCCCAUUUUUGGCACUGCUCAAGUGGAGUGCUUCCUUGUCCUCUACCCCCAACUUUAACCUCACCUCAGUUUUCCCAGUGCUUCUGGGGAACUUAACAGCUACCAUGCAGGCCACAGGGAAUAUGUGAGGCUUUCCUAGUCAUCUUCGUGUCUCCAGUUUCUUUUCUCCACAACCCCACAUCUACUCUCCUUUCUUGGAAUCAGGGGUCCCUUAGCCCCAUUUGAUUUUCCUAUCUGGAGAACCCCAGGGGCCAAGCAGUCCUCCAUGUAGUCACACCAAAGGCAAAGAAGCCUGGCUACCUCCCCCUUAGUACGUGAGGUCCCCACUCCCCUCCCCUCUGUUUUUGCCCAGCUUUGCUUUUCUUGGGGAUUUCAAAGCAACAGAGGGUAGUGAGGGGAGGGAAGGAGGGCAGCCUGUGUUCCGGUGUAGGCAACUGCCUGACUAGGCCCUGACUGCUGUAACCAAGACCAGGACCCCAGCCCUUCUUGCCCAUUAACACCCCCCCCCCCCCCGCCCCCUUGAUCUUUCAAAGGCAGCUAAUUGCUAGCAUAUCCCCCUGGUUCUGGGCCUCUUUCCCCUCUGUUUCUUUGUUAAAAGUUUCUGUGGAGCUGAAACCCAACCUCCACUUGACUGGGUUUCUGUUUAAUUUAGUUGGGCUCUCAGAGCUGGCUGUUUGUUGCUUUGUGUUUUAAAUGAAAAGCAAGUUUACCCUCAGAUUUAUGCUUUUCCAAAGAGGCUAGUGUGCUUUUUUUUUUUUUUUAUGUUUCAGGUUCUAAGUGAAGUGAGUUGGGGAGGGGUUAAGAGUGGUCAUAACCAAGGUUUAGAACAUGGUGAGAGAGUUACCUCUAGUCUCCAAUCCCCAGCAUAGAGCUGGCGGUUGGAUAGGGGGCAGGGAGAGAGGAUUUCUAUUCACCUUUAAUAUAUUUUUACAAAAAAGCAAUUUAAAAACAAGCCCACCGCUUCUGUACAUGUCUAAAUAUAUUUUUAGAAGUGGGUAGGAUUGUGAAUUUCUGAUGCAGGGCCUUUUUAUAAACAGGUUAGAAUAGCAUCAUACAGACUUCUCUGUUUUUUUCCCGUUUUUUUUUUUUCUUACGUUGUGUUACUAAUGUAAUUUAUAUUUUUUUUUUAGAUUCUCCCUUUCCUAUAGAGAUAAAAGUGAUUUAUCUUGGCAAUUGCUUUGCUCAGCAUUCUUUUUUUUUUGGUGGUGGUGGGAGUGAUGGGAUGUUGGGAUUCGGGAGUACUGCCUUCUCUUUACGUUCUCUCUGUCUCUCUCAUCAACUCAGCUCUUCCCUGGUGCCCAGCCUUAUGCCUGGGGUGGGAGGGGACAGGAUCCCUGUCCUCAAAGAGACACAGUUCACACACCAAAAACAAUCAGAAGUAUGGUGAGCAGAAAAGAAAGGAAUGCAGCAAUUCAAAGGGGCCUGACAAGUUUGUUGGGAAGGCUUUGCAUAACUUCCAUGGGCUGUUUUUACUGGCUACACCUGUAUCCUCUUUCUGUGAAUGUGGAGUUGUGGGUUUUUUAUUUUUUCUUCCCCUUGUCUCUCUCUCUCUGAACUUGAUUUCUGUGUUUAGGGCCAGUGCAAGGAUAUAAUUAUUAGAGCUAGCAUAUCAUGCUCAUUUCCUUGUGCCAGACACUGUUCUUAGCAUUCUAUGUAUAUUGAUUCAUUUCAUUGUCACCAAUAUCCUCAUGCUACUGAUGAGGAAACAGGCAAAGGAGACUUCCAGCAUCACACAUCAUAAGAUGUGGAGCCAACCUGGUUCCAUAGUCUGUGUUCUUAUCACUCUGUUCUAGCACCUCUCACUGAUAAUCGCUACCGUUUAAGUGCCUUUUCUGUGCCAGGCAUUGGGCUAGGGAUUUUACCUAGGAUAUGUCAUUUAAUCCUCACUGACAACCCCAGGAGAUAGUUAGUACCUCUAUUUUACAUUGAAGGAGACUAAAGCUUGCCACUGGGCUUCCACAACAGGAUCUGCCUGACUCCAAAAUUCAUAUUCUUUCCUCUCAUCAUGUUAGAAGAUCUUCAGCAGCUCAACAACCCACCAGAUGUUUAUUGAACACUUGUUGUGUGCAAGAUGAAGCAUUGAGAGUUGUGUCCUGAGGGGUGAUGUGGGAAGUCUCAGUUCCAAAUUUACCACCACCUGGACUCUCUGUGACUUAUGGCAGGGUGCUUACUGUCUGAGGGUCACUGUAAAAGAAGUUUGAAUCCAAUCAGGAUUUAUUCAUCCUGGAGAUUUUGCUUCUGUGGCUCUGGGGUGAGGCUGGCUGGGUUUGGCACCUACUGGCUAAAUGACCCCCUCCAGCUCUCAAUGUGAAUCUUGAUAUUGGGCAGGAUUUGGAUGAAGAAGGUUCUUAUCUGGGGCAUGGGGAACUGUGUCUCCUGGUAGAAAAGCAACAGGAAAGAGAGAAGGGAUUUUAGAGCCCUUGCAGGAAUGGUGAGCUGGGUUCUCUUUGUCACCAACUCCCACCCCAUCCUUUCCAGUAAGGAGCCAAAGCACUGUCAGCAGCCUCAGGUUAGAGGAUAAGCUAGAGUCUUGGUCACCUUACUCCUUACCUAGGCAGGAGGCACCAGCAGGCUUCUGUCUAAAAAAUGGAAAGAAAACAAGAGUACCCAACUUAAGUCUUCUGUCUUUCCAAUAUGGAGUGGGAAAGUGCACUAAGAGCCUGCCUUCUCAAUGACUAACUAAGAAAUUUGGGAGAGAUUGCUUGUCUUGAUAUCCAUUUCUGCAUUUGCCAGAUGGAAUGAUCUCAGCUAUAAAGCCCUCUAAUGCAUGGUCACUCCUAAACUUUGUGGACGCUGUUGAUUCCCAAACUGAAUCCUCUAGCCCUGACCUGUCCUGAGUACACAUUGCACACGGUUCUGCUUGCCUGUAUUGUGUUCCCUGCCUCAAGUACACAGGUUCCUCCCUUUCCAUCAGGACCCUGUUCACACCAAGUUGACUGAAAUGGCACUUGCUCUCCAGUAAGCCGAGUGGAGGAGAAGAGCACCAUGUAGUACAAUGUGAUGAUAGAGAUGAGCACAGGAUGCUGGUCAGGGAAUCUGUCCUGGGGAAGCUGGGAGUUCAGACAAGGCUUCCUGUCGGGGGUGAUGUUUAAGCUGAAGGAUGAAAAGUAAUUAGCCAGUCAGGCAGAGAACAGUAAGAGUAUUCCAAACCAAGGCAAUAGCAUGAAUAAAAACAGAAGUAGAGGCAAAAAAAACAACCCAUGAGCAUAUAGAGGACAGGCAAUUUAGUAUAACCACAGCUGUGACUUUCAUUUGGGGGAACAUGCAGAGUCUCUGAGAGAGAAUAUGUAGUUUGAGAAGGCAUAUGAUCAAAAUUGAUUAGUUUUUAGGCACAAUAUUUAUUUUAAAACCUCAGAUAAUGGAGGAUAUGUAAUUUGAUGUCUGUCAAAAGAUAUAACUGUAUCCCAUGAAUGACAGAGAACCAUUAAAGUGUUUUAAGCAGAAAAUGACAAGAUCUAACUUGCUUUUUAAAAGGAUUCCCUUGCCAGUCAUAGGAGUGGAUUAGGAGGGAGAGAGAGGAAGAUAGGGAGACGAGUGAGGAAGUUACUGAAAUAGGGAUAGGGAGGGCACCAUCUUCUAAUGCCCCAUCAAAUGCCACUUCCCUAAGGAAGCCUUCACCUAACUCUAGUCAAUUCUGCCGUUUUCUGGACUUCUACAUCUCAUAAAGGGUGGAUAUUCCAGGCUAUUUCCAGAAGGCAGAACCAUGAAGUCAGCCACUCAUACAACGCAAGAGAUAGAAGUUGCACUCCUCUAUCUGCAUUUUCAGCUUUUUAACUUUCAAGAAAGCUCUCCUUUCCUAUAGGGCCACAACAUAAUGCCAGCACUCACCAAUGAAUGUGGUAAGAAAGAUACAAUAUCCAUUUUAUAUUUCCCUUGUCAGGAGUCCAGCAAGCCUCCAUCACGUUCCAUUCCAUUCUAUCAUACACAGCCUUUCAGGGUUAUCUCCCCAAAGUCCUUUUUUCAUCAUUUUCUUUCAGUCCUUUCUUCCUGCAUAAAAACAUCCAUGGCUUCCCACUGCUUAUUACACCUUCUGGGUUUCAAGGCUUUUCAAACCUGGCCCAACCUGGAGACAGUGGGCUGUGGUGGAAGGAGGAUGUGCCUGGGAGUUGAGAAAACCAAUGACUCAGUUCCAACUCUGCCACCUAUGAGAUCUUGAGCUGGCUACUUAAUGUUUCCUUGACUCAGUUUUAUCAUCUAUAAAAUGAAGAUAUAAUCCCUACCUCAUAGGAUUGUUGGGAGGAAUUAUAUCAGUGUCUGUAAAGAACUUAAUUCUAUGCCUGGCACUCAGGUCAUUGGUAAAUCUAGUUUAAUUUUUCCCAGUUAAAAUUUACCCAACGAGGCCUACAAUCUUAUAAAGAUUACAGAGAAAGUAAGCCUUUAAAGGAAUUGGAGAGAAUAUUUCAGCCUGGGGUGGGAAAUCAAGUUGGCUUCAUGACGAACAUGUUUGAAGGACAUUGAGAGAUGGCUGAGUCAAUAGGUGUGGUGAGCCUUACGCUCCUAUAGAGGAAAUACAACUAAAUCUACGAUACAAAGUUGCUGGAAGAUGCCGAGUAUCAUCCAUGCCAGUUCAGUAUCAUUGGCUCAGUUCUACAGUGGUUUAUCAAAGCUUCUUUUGUGUCAGGCCCUAUGCAUGCCUUUGGAGGAGUUGAUCCUAAGGAGUAUUUGGUUUAGUACACAGACAUGGAAACCCAAGUACAGCAGUACUAGGAUACAUACUGUUACAAAUAAGUAUAGGGUGCUAUGGGUGCAUGAAGGAAGGAGACCAAACCCAGUCUAAGGAGCAGGAAAGACUUCUAGGAAGAAACAACAUCCAAGUUGACUAUUGAAGGGCAUUCGCCAGGCAAAGGAAGGCAGAAGGAUGAGUUGAAAUGAGCAUUACAAGCAAAAGGAACAGCAUGAGCAAAAGUAGGAAAUCGAAGCAGCCUGGUUUGUGGGUGGAACUACAAGCCUUUGAGUUGGGUUGGUGUAUGGGCAGGGCUGAGAUGGCAGAUGUUGGGGGAUGAAGCUGAAGAGGCUGGCAGGAACGUGAUCACGGAGGUCCGGUUUAUGUUUCAGAAUGUUUUUUUCUGGCGAUCCUUGGGAUGGGGAGAGACAAAGCAGGUUAGUGUGGAGGCCAGUGUGAAGGUGGUUGCAAGAUUCCAGUUAAGAUGCUGGGACAAAGUGAGAGAUUAGCACUGACAUAUAUACACUAGCAAAUGUAAAAUAGAUAGUGGGAAGCUGCUGCAUAACACAGGGAGAUCAACUCGAUGACUGGUGAUGGCUUAGAGGAGUGGGAUAGGGAGGGUGGGAAGGAGUCACGGGAGGGAGGGGAUAUGGGGAUAUAUGUGUAAAUACAGCUGAUUCACUUUGUUGUACAGCAGAAACUGACACAAGAGUGUAAAGCAAUUAUACUCCAAUAAAGGGCUUAAAAAAUAGAUGCAGUGAAGUCUAAACCAGGGCAGAGGCUAUGAAGAUACUAGAGAUGUUAACCCACCCCUCCCUUUUAUUUCCCCUGAUAUUUUACUGUGAACAUUUUCAAACAUUCAGAAAGUCAAAGUAAUGGUACAGUGAACACCCAUAUAUUUACCAUCUAGAUUCUACAAUUAGUGUUUUACUACACUUGCUUUGUCAAAUAUAUCUAUUCAUCUCUCUAUCCACCCAUCAACCCAUCUUAUUUUUUAUGCUUUUCAAACUUUGAUACCUGUACCCAUUCUUUUAAGCACUUCUGCAUGCAUGCCGUAAACUAGAGUUCAGUAUGUGUUUGUGAUUCUUUUUUAGCUAAAAUAUUUACACAAUGAAAUGCACAUACUUUAAGAGUAUAGUUUCAUGUUUUGGUAAAUGUAUAUACCUGUGUAACUCACACCCCUAUCAAGACACCGAACAUUAUCAUCCACCCAGAAAGUUCCCACAUGUCUCCUCCCAAUCACAGCUCUUCUCCCUUCCACAGUAGGCCUUGAAUUUGAAAGGGUAGGAUUUGAAAAUAGAUGAUCCAGGAGGAAAAAGCCUGAGUAGCUUCCCUUUUCAGCAAAGUCAUGAAGGCAGGUAGCCAUGGGGGAUAUACAAGCAUUAGUAAACAAGUGUGGAUAGAUGGAUGCCCUUCAGCCUCCCUCCUCUCCCUUGCCUGAGCCUCAUCUUUAUGGGUCAAUGCAUGAAAUGGUGAGGCAGAGAGGAAUUGAGUCAAGGGACUGCCGGGCCCUCAGGAACUAACAAUCUUGUUGGGGAGAUAGAGAGAAACAGUCACAAUUCCAUGUAACAGAUGUUGAAUGUUGCAUUGUACCAGGGUCAGUGCUAUAACAGAGGAAAGAGUGCAAAGUGAGAUAAAACAACACAAAUGUUCCACAAGGGUUUGGGGUGUGUGUAGAUAGGUGGAGAGGGGAGAGAGAAGGUGAAUGGCUCAGAAUCUUGGGAGGGACUGGAGGAGCUCAAAGGAAAAAGGGAGGAACAGCAUUUAGCAGCCAUGAAAAAUUUCCUGGAGAUGAGAGGACUUAAGUCUUGAAUGAUGUUGACUUUGAUAAUAUAUGUGGUAGACACAAAGAUAUUUUAAGUUGCAAGUAACAGAAAAUGCAAGUUAAGCAUGAGACAUGGCUUAUGUAAUUGAAAAGCCUAGAAGUAUGUGGAUUUUAGGCACAGUUAAUCAGAGUUUUGGUUCUGAUUAUUUCAAUUCUGUCCUCUUUCUUAUAUGUUAGUUUUGUCUUCAGAAUAUUUCUUCAUGGUUAAAAGAUGGCUGCACACAACAGCAAAAGAAACUGAAAACAAGCAAACAAAAAAAGACAACCUGAUGUGACAAACAAGGGCUUAAUCUCCAAAAUAUACAAACAGCUCAUACAACUCAACAACAAUAGCAAAAACAGCCCAAUAGAAAUGUGCGCAGAAGACCUAAAUAGACAUUUCUCCAAAGAAGACAUAUAGAUGGUCAGUAGACACAAGAAAAGAUGCUCAACAUCACUAAUUAUUAGAGAAAUGCAAAUCAAAACCACAAUAAAGUUCCACCUCACACCAGUCAGAAUGGCCAUCAUUAAAUAAAAAGUCUACAAAUAACAAAUGCUGGAGAGGGUGUGGAGAAAAUGGAACCCUCCUACACUGUUGGUGGGAAUGUUAAGUUGGCACAGCCACUGUGGAGAACAGUAUGGAGUUUCCUUAAAAAGCUAAAAAGAGAGUUACCAUAUGACCCAGUAAUCCCACUCCUGGGCAUAUACCCAGACAAAGCUAUAAUUCAAAAAGAUACAUACACCCCUGUGUUCACAGCAGCACUAUUCACAAUAGCCAAAACAUGGAAACAACCUCAGUGUCCAUUGACAGAUGAAUGGAUAGAGAAGAUCUGGUACAUAUAUACAAUGGAAUACUACUCAGCCAUAAAAAAGAAUGAAAUAAUGCCAUUUGCAGCAACAUGGAUUGACCUAGAGAUUAUCAUACUAAGUCAGAAAGAGAAAGACAAAUACUGUAUGAUAUUACUUAUAUGUGGAAUCUAAAAUAUGGCACAAAUGAACCUAUUUACAAAACAGAAACAGACUCACAGACGUGGAGAACAGACUUGUGGUUGCCGGGGAGGGGGGCAUGGGGGGAGGAAAGGACUGGGAAUUUGGGAUUAAUUUUUAAAAAAAGAUGGCUGCACGCAACACAGUGCUUCCAUUUGUGCCCAUUUGCCAUCUUAUACAUUCUCUUUGGUGAAGUGCCUGUUGAAGUCUUGAUAUUUUUUAUUGUGUUGUUUUCUUACUAUUGAGCUUUAAGAACUUUUUAUAUAUUUACGAUACAAAUUCAUUGUCGACUAUGUGAUUUGCAAAUAUUUUCUCCCAGUCUGUAGCUUGUCUUUUUAUUCUCAUCAGUAUCUUUUGCUGAGCAACAAUGUUUAAUUUUGAUAAAUUCCAAUUUAUCAAUUUUAUUUAUUUUAUGGAUUGUGAUGUUUAAGAAUUCUUUGACUAAACCUAGGUCAUGAAAAUUUUCUCCUGUGUUACCUUCUAAAUGUUUUAUGUUUUACAUUUAGAUCUAUGAUCCAUUUUGAGAUAGUUUUUGUAUACUGUAAGAGGUUUAGGUCAAGGUUCUUUUUUUGCCUAUGAAGUGUUCAAUUGUACCAACAUCGUUUGUUGAAAAAACUGUCUCUGUUGAAUUGCCUUUGCCCCUUUGUCAAAACUCAGUUAGCCGUACUUGUGUGGGUCUAUUUCUGUAAUCUCUAGUCUGUUCCAUUAAUCUUAUGCUUCUAUCCUUCCACCAAUACCACACUGUUUUGAUUGUAGCUGUAUAGAAACCCUUAAUAUCAAAUAGAGUCAUUCCUCCCACUCCAUUCUUCUUUUUCAAAAUUGUUUAGCUAUUCUAGGGCUUGUUCCUUUUCAUAUAAAUUUUAGAAUAAGCUUUUCUGUACCUACACAUAACUUGCUGGUAUUUUGAAAGGAAUUGCAUUAAAUCUAUAGACCAAUUUGGAGAGAACUGACAUGUUGAGGGUUUUUAAAUAUUUUUAUAUUUUUAUAUAUUUUUAAUUGAAGUAUAAUAGGUAUAAUAUACAUAAAUAGAAAGGCACAAAUUCUAAAUGUACAGAUUAAGGAAUUGUCAUAAAGUGAACACAUCCCUGUAAUUAUUACCCAGUUCAAGAAAUAUAAUGAGUAGCACCCAGGGCAUUGUGUCUUAACACAAAAGAUAUAAGAGAUGAGCUCAUGGGCCUACUUGAGAUGAAGAGUCCCUUUAAGAGCUAUACCCUCAAUGAAAGGGACUAGCAAAUAGCCUUCCUACUGGCAUAAGGACAAAAUGAGGCAGCUUGUCUGUCUUGGCAUGGACUUUGGAUGGGGGACAACUUUUUCUUAACCAUGUGACGGAGCUUCACAUGGGUUUGUGGUUCAAGCCCAUACUACUUACAUGGGCCAAGAAUGUACAACUUGUAAAAUUAACAGAAAAACUGAUCUCUCUGGGGGAUCUGACAAAAACAAACACCAAACCUCUCAGUAUGAACAUGCCUGCAAGCCAGGCUAAACAGGAAUUUUGUAGAUAAAACCGAGUUGAAUGUGAACAAAAUAAUCCACAGUAAGCAAGAGUCUUUAAACAACAAACAGGAUUAAACUUUUAUGAACUUCAGAUAAUAGAAGAAUCUAAUAGAGUUAAUUAUGUUAAAAUCAAUUAAAAACAUAAAAGAAGAAAUAAAAAACAUGAAAGAACAGAACACUUUUUAAAAAAAAGAGUAGGCAGAUUUGAAAAAAAGAACCAAAGCUGACUUCUAGAAGUGAAAAAUGCAGUAACUGAAAUUAAAAACUCAGUGAUGAGUUAGACUAGACAGUGUUGAAGAGAUCAUUUAAUUGGAAGACAGAUCUUAGGAAAUUACUCAGCAGAUAGCAACAUAGAGCUUAAGAGAGAAAAAAGAGCCUAGGAUAUAUGGAGGACAGAAUGAGAAGGUCUCACAAAUGAGUAAUUGAAGUUGCAGAAGGAAUAAAUAGGUGGGAAAGAGGGGGAAGGUAAUAUACAACUGCCAACUCAACAUUUUCAGUUGGAAAUAUAUCCAAAAUGUAACACCUGAUCUUCCCUCCUCAAAAUUGUUUCUCUCCUGGCCUCCCUCAUAUUAGUAGAUGGCAACUUCAUCCUUUCAGUUGCUCAAGCCAAAAACCUUGAGUAAUCCUUGAUUCAUCUCUUUCACACCCUGAAUCCAAGCUGUAGGCAAAUCCCAUUGGCUUUCCUUCAAAAUAUUUCCAAAAUCUGACCACUUUUCACCAUCUCCACUGCUACUGCCUUGGCCAGAACCAUCAUCAUUUCUCACCUGGAAAAUUACAAUAACCAUCUCACUGUUUCCUCCAUUGCUUCUCUAUAGUCUAAUUUCAACAUGGUAUCAAGGGAGAUCUUUUUUAAAGUAUAAGUCAGAGACUUCCACUUGAGAGAAGAUGGAGAAAACAUAGUUUUCUCUGUUCCAUCCACUAAGUUCAACUUGGGUAUUACAUAUAAACAAGCACAAGACUUUGAAAGGCAGAGAGAAGGCAGAUCAGCUAAGGGCAUUGGGACCUGAGAAACAGCACAGUGGUAAGUUCCUUGGUUGUUGUUGUUUGUUUGUUGUUAGGUUUUUUAUUUUUUUAUUCUUUGCCUCAUACACCCUAGAUUGGAUACUGGAGAAGCUGGCAAUCCAGAAACACCA